GGCGCGGGGACGCGCUGGCGGCGGCGGGCGGAGGAGAUCGCGGCGGGCGGCUGCCAGCGGCCGGGGAGCGCUGCCGCGGGGCCGCCCGCAGCGCCCGCCAGCAUGUCCGCGAAGGAGCGGCCGAAGGGCAAAGUGACCAAGGACAGCGUCACCCUCCUGCCCUGCUUUUACUUCGUGGAGUUGCCAAUAUUGGCAUCUUCUGUGGUUAGCCUGUAUUUUCUUGAACUUACCGAUGUCUUCAAGCCAGUUCACUCGGGAUUUAAUUGCUAUGACAAGAGUCUGAGUAUGCCAUAUAUUGAACCUACACAAGAGGCAGUUCCCUUUUUGAUGUUGCUUAGUCUGGUUUUUGCUGGACCAUCAAUUACGAUAAUGGUAGGAGAAGGAAUUCUCUACUGCUGCCUGUCCAAAAGAAGAAAUGGGAUUGGAACAGAGGCCAAUAUUAAUGCAGGAGGAUGCAACUUCAAUUCAUUUCUUAGAAGAGCUGUCAGAUUUGUUGGUGUUCACGUGUUUGGUCUUUGUUCUACUGCUCUUGUUACUGAUAUUAUACAGCUAUCAACAGGAUAUCAAGCACCAUAUUUCCUGACUGUUUGCAAGCCUAACUAUACAUCCUUAAAUGUAUCCUGCUCAGAGAAUUCAUACGUUGUGGAAGACAUUUGCUCAGGAGCUGAUGCUAAUAUAAUCAAUGCUGGAAGAAAGUCAUUCCCAUCUCAACAUGCCACCCUGGCAGCCUUUGCAGCAGUGUACAUUUCGAUGUACUUCAAUUCUACAUUAACAGACUCCUCAAAACUUCUGAAGCCACUUUUGGUCUUUGCUUUUAUCAUCUGUGGAAUUAUAUGUGGCCUGACCCGAAUCACUCAGUAUAAGAAUCAUCCAGUUGAUGUUUACUGUGGCUUUCUCAUAGGAGGAGGAAUCGCUCUCUAUUUGGGCCUGUAUGCUGUGGGGAACUUCUUGCCAAGUGAGGAGAGUGUGUUUCACGCGAAUUUUCACAGAGAACCUCUAAGGUCCUUGACAGACCUCAGUCAAGAUGCCAACAGAAUCCUGCCAGGUAAAAAUGGCAGCAGCACUGAUGGCAUUGUCUCUCACCGUUCAGAAAGCAUCCUGAAUAGAAACCACAGAGAUUCAGGGUCUCUGACUAACAUCAAGAGAGCAAAUGCUGAUGUAGAAAUCAUAACACCACGAAGCCCAAUGGGAAAGGAAAACAUGGUAACUUUCAGCAAUACUUUGCCAAGAGUCAACACACCAUCCCUGGAAGAUCCAGCAAGACGAAAUGCAACAAUUCAUGCAUCAAUGGACUCUGCCCGCUCCAAACAGCUGCUUUCCCAGUGGAAGAAUAAGAAUGAAAGCCGUAAGCUGUCACUGCAAGUAAUAGAGACAGAAUCUGGCCAGUCACCACCAAGGGCUAUUGAAAUGAGGUCAAGCUCAGAGCCUUCCAGAGUGGGUGUAAAUGGUGAUCAUCAUGGUCCAAGUAGCCAAUACCUGAAAAUUCAACCUGGCAGCGUACCAGGUUGUAACAACUCUGGUCUUUCUGGCGGGCCAAGGGUCUCUAUUCAGUCACGUCCUGGCUCUUCCCAGUUAGUACAUAUUCCUGAAGAGACUCAAGAGAACGUGAACACAUCACCCAAAAGUAGUUCAGCUAGAGCCAAAUGGCUGAAAGCUGCUGAGAAGAGUGUCGCAUGCAGAAGCAACAGCCAGCCAAGAAUCAUGCAAGUAAUAGCCAUGUCUAAGCAGCAAGGAGUGCUUCAGGGCAGUCCAAAGAGUUCAGAGGGAAGCACAGUCACCUGUACAGGAGCCAUCAGAUACAAAACCUUGACAGACCAUGAGCCAAGCAGCAUUGUCAGAGUUGAGGCCCAUCCAGAAAAUAACAGACCUGUAAUUCAAAUGCCAUCAGAAGGUGAAGGAAGUGGGUCAUGGAAAUGGAAAGGACCCGAAAAAGUCACACUUCGUCAGACAUAUGAGUUAAAUGAUCUCAACAGAGACUCUGAGAGUUGUGACUCCUUAAAAGACAGUUAUGGGUCAGGUGACAGGAAAAGGAGCAACAUUGAUAACACUGAGCAUCACCAUCACGGUAUCACUACAAUAAGAGUCACGCCAGUGGAAGGAAGUGAGAUUGGCUCAGAGACCCUGUCCAUUUCUUCUAGUAGGGACUCAACACUUCGAAGAAAAGGUAACAUCAUUUUAAUCCCUGAACGAGGGAGCAGUCCAGAGAACACCAGAAACAUCUUCUAUAAAGGCACAUCCCCCACACGGGCAUACAAGGAAUGAGAGGAGACAUAUGAGCUGGUCCAUACCACCAAAAAGGAAACAAAUCUUCACACAGGUUCUGCUCUCUUUGUUUAGAGCUGAUAUUUACCUUUAUGUGCCAAAUUAUUGACCAGCAGCCCAAAUGUUGUUGAACACUGCUGAUCUGCAAAGUGCACAAGCCUAUGGAAAUCAUGUGGUGGGGGAAAAGCACAACACCAGAACCUAACUAAUGUGAAACAUUUUCAUACAACUUGUUUCUUCAGACUCGAAGCGUUUAUCUGAGGGCAGUGUCAAAACAACAGUCUUGAACGCAGAUACUUUAAUUCCUGAAUGUGCCAACUUUUUAUUUUAUUUAUAUUUGUGUCCAAAAUCGACUGAAUUUUUCAUAGCAAAUGCUGUAUCAGUGGUAUAUAUUCACCUUUGCAGAAUUUGCACCACAUCUUUAAUACAGGAUGGUGCUGACAACUUUACAUGUUUUGAAAAUUUGCAUACUUAUUAGAUUCUACAAACACAACAUAUUGAUGUGCAGUUACUUUAAAAAUAAUAUUGCUAAUACUAUGAUGAUGCUGGCUGCAUUCAUUUAGCAUAAGAAAUAUUUACAGCUUUGUUAUAGUGGAUCUGUCACAUUCAAAGAUUGCAAAGGUUUUGUGUAGUUCUUUAAGAUGUCUACUGCAACAAAAAAUGUGUAGGUGACGUUCCAUUAGAAUGGAAUAACUAUCUAUUUUGAAUAGUUUUGCUGCUACUGCUCAAUUUUUAUUUAAGAACCGGUGCUACUAAUGAAGACGCUGCUUCUUAGUGGGCUAACUUGUAGAACUGUUUUAAAUUAUGUUUUUAAGGGGUCUUUUAAAAUACUACAAGUAAUUCAGAUCUUGCAUUUUUAAACAUCCAGCAACCCUUCCAUUAUUCCGUAAGUUUUUAACUUUAUAAUGCGUGACACCAACAAGUGCAAAAUGUGCAAAUGUGAAAGGUGAGCCAUGAUUAAAUAAAAACAAACCACUGGUUUCCUGAUCAGCUUCAAAGGAAACAGUAAUUAAUAUCAUAGCCCACAACUAAAAGCAGUCAUUCAGCUUACUUGCUUAGCAUGCAACAAGAACAAUCACAACUUUCACUCCCAGUCACCAUUUAGGAAAUUUGUGCUUUGCUUUAAAAAUGGAAUGCCUUGGUAUUGCAGAAUCACUAAAUGGGUGUUGCAUUGUGCCACCACUUCUGUUCACUUUCAUUAAGACACCCUCCACAGCCUUCUUAAGGAUUAUAUUUUUUCCCCCCACCACUGCCACUUAAGAAUAUGGAGGGUCUCUGCAUCUGAGAGAACACAGAUUACUCUAGUGGAUUAAACUUGGGGUGUAAUAAAAGAAAGCUUGCCUGCUAAAAUCCUCCGUUGCCAAAACUUGUUGAACUGAUGAGCUUUGAAAGGAAUAAGCGUAGCACAUCUUGGGCAUACUAGAAGAAAAUCUUCAUUCAAUUUGUCUCUGACUUAAACAACAAACUGUGGAGGAAGCCGUGGGCAAUGUUCAUCCAGUGCUGCUCCUCAUUCUCUCCUGGAUUAUUUUCACCUGAAGAAGAACUAAUAACAGACACAUGCCAGCUCCCCUGCCAAGAAGGGCAGGAAGGAAUUUGAGGUCCCCUCACUGAACAAGCAUUAGUAGAUCAGAUCCGUUAUCUGACUUAUUUGUUUGUUCUAAGUCUUCUUUCUUGGGGCAUCAGACAAACAGAAACAUAUGGGUAUGACAUAGUCAGAACUUGUCUACAGGCCAUACUCCACAGAUCUCUGAGGAAAAGCCCACCUUGCUUCAGCCAAGCAGAAGAAAGUAUCAUCCCAUUCCAGGAAGAUUAAUAGCACAACAUACACAGACCAAAACAUAACAACAACAAAAAAAAUCACAACCAAAAUCCCAAAUCUGACUCCAGGUCUGACUAAUUACAGAAGUAGGAGGAUGGUGUUUGCUAAUCUGCACAGAAGAAUGGAUGUGUAGUUGAUGUAAAGCUUUACAUAUCUUCCCGGUUACACAGGUGCUCCAGGCUUAGCUGUCAGCCAACUCUAUCAAUGCUUCCCCCCACCUGUCCAUCACUCAGUGCUGUGAAGAAUGUUGGCCCUUAAGGAAAUGAUCACAAUUUUCCUACUAGUAAUAGACAAAGUUUCCAUCAUGCAUGUGAUGAUUAGGGGGAAACGUUCUGCAGGUUACAUGUAAGGGGAUAACCAGCUGAGUUGCAGGGUAGUAUGUAUGAUGAAAGCGUGUUUUAAGGCACAGUAGCAGGGAAAGAUAAUCACAGAUGCCAGGGAAACAAAAAAAACAAUUUUUUUUUAGAAAUGUGUUCUCAGACUCUAGUACUUACAAAUCAGGAUUUGUUUUUUUUGUUGUUGGUUUCUCUUUUUUUUCUUUUUAAAACUAGGUACCUUUAUUCGUUGGUAUUUAAUACCAACUUUUGUACAAAGUUCCUAGGAAUUACAAACACUUGGACUGCAAUGAAAAAAAAAAACCUUUGGAUUUAGUUUAGUCUGAGUACAUGAUAAAGCACGUAAAAUUAGCUUUAAAGGAACGGGUGAGACACAAUCACUGUUGGCCUAUCAAAGCAGGGAAAUAAUAUGCAAUCAUUUGUUAGUUUGUAAGCGCAAGGCAGAAGAACAUAAGUAGAUGAGCCUGAAAAUAAUGGAAAAUUGAAAUGGAGAAUAAUGGCAAUAAAGCAAAGAUUAGAAAAUAUUCCCUCUGGCAAUUUAGCCGUUUUGGAAACUGCGGGAUUCCUGGUGGGAGUGUUUGUUCUUUAUUCCUUGGUUUUAGUCAGAUAUAUAUUGGCAUGUGUAUUGCUUUUACUACUCUAAAAUUUGCUGCACUAUUUCAAGUGCAGUGUGAUAUUUUUCCUAAGGUUUCCUAUUUCUUAACAGAAGAUUUUAAAGCUCUUGUGUAAUCAUUGAAAUUGUGUUCUUUACAUAAAUAUUGAUAUAUUCUUUUUUACUCAAAGUGCCAAAGGCUACUGUUUUUAAUAAUGGCUUAUCAAAUUAUAUUACGUUAGAGAGCAGAAAUGUAAUAAUAUAUACAUUGGAACUCAGACCUCUGCAUGUAUAUUUGAUAAGGAGCCUUUUGUAAAAUUACUCUUUGUUUACAUUCCACUGAUACCUUAAUUUAAAAUUAAAUAAAUUUACAGGUGACAUCUUCUUAGUGUUCUGAUUUUCUUACUUGCUAACAGGCACGAAUUUCUUUGUUAGGCUAUGCUUUACUGAAAAGAGAAAAUACUCAAAAAUAUGUUUUUAAAUGAGAACUCUCUAUAUAAAGUAUUGUGUUUAAUAAAAUGUUAUGCAAUGUUUUAAAAUGGAAAGGAAUUUGUAAAUUGCUAUAAAUGUAUUUUGUUAAAUAAGUACAGAUCAAUGCUACUGUGUUUAUUGUGCUAACAUCAUGAAAAUAAAGAUAAAAUUAGUCA